AUGACUUACACCAUCACCGACCGUUUGCCCCUCCCCAACUCCGCCGGCCGCAUCCCCCGCCUCGGGUUUGGAGUCUACCGCUCACCAGCUUCACAAUGUGUGCAAUCCGUGCUCAAGGCCCUCCAGGCAGGAUACCGCCACAUCGACACAGCGCAAUUCUAUGGCAACGAGAGUGAAGUCGGGGAGGCUCUUCGCACAUGCGGCAUCCCGCGCGACGAGAUCUUUGUGACUACCAAGAUCCUUAGCCCCGCCGGCUCCCCCGAGCAGACAUACGAGAAGCUCCUAGCGAGCGUGGAGAAGAUCGGUGGUACCGACGGCUACGUUGAUUUGUUCCUCAUUCAUAGUCCCAAGUCGGGACCCGCGGGGAGGAAGGAGCUGUGGCAGGCGUUGGAGAAGCUACAGGCGGAGGGGAAGGCUAAGGCGAUCGGCGUAAGCAAUUACGGGGUCCAGCAUAUCGAAGAGAUGAAACCGUAUGCCAAAAUCUGGCCGCCUCAUGUCAAUCAGAUUGAGGAUGUGGAAGCUAAUGACCUGGCCGUUCCCCCCCCCCCAUCCAAACAGCUCCAUCCAUGGUGUCAGCAGCGCACCAUCGACGCAUACUGCAAACAACACGGGAUCGUCGUUGAAGCGUACUCGCCCAUUGUACGAAACUACAAAGCGAAUGACCCAACUUUGGUGGAAAUCGCGUUGAAAUACAAUCACUCCACGCAACAGGUGCUCAUCCGCUAUGCACUGCAAAAGGGCUGGGUGCCUCUCCCCAAGACCGAUAACCCCGACCGCAUUGUUGCCAAUGCAGACGUGUUUGGGUUUGACCUCAGCGCGGAGGAUAUGGAUACGUUGGACUCGCUCGAUCAGGGGGAAGCGGGUGCGAUUGUGGAGGCCGUGGCCAACGAGUAA